AUGUCGUUUGCUAACUAUGAUUUAGAGUCGCAGAAGCCUCUUAAUAAAAGAAAUGGGGAUGGGGCUGGUAAAAAUGCUGCAAAAGAUAACUCCAGUUCACAAAGUCAGACUAAUGCUCAAAAUGAAUUAGAUAACAUUAUCAAUAAUACGUCGAUACAAUUACAACUAUUCGGGAAUUUAAUAUCUCAAUUCGAUGGUCAACGGAAAUUGGUUGCUACUAGGCGGGACAGUUCACAUCUCAGAGAUAAUUUAGACGAAUUGAAUAAAAAAAUCACUGAUUUAGGCAGAGCUAUUCAAACGUUGAUUCAAAAUUUAUCUCAUUUGGUGAACAAAAAGCUGACUAAGAAGUCGAGGAAAACCAGUGAUGAAAGUCAUGAUGAGGCGUACGAUGAAGUCUCAGAAUUAAAUAUCACCAAUCGACAAGUUGUUAUUAAGGAAAGAUUGGUUAAUGAAUUUAAUGACUUGCACAAACGAUUUCUGAAUUCAAUAAGACAGUAUAACGAGAAGAAAUUGGCUUUCCCCAUUAAAACUGAAGCAGAUGUGGCUAUCAAUGAGAAUACUCCACUAAUACAGGACGAUACGCAACAACAGCAGCAGCAGCAAAUCCAAAUUCAAGAACAGGAACAGGAGCAAGAUCAAAUCAAUCAAACAGAACUACAGUACCAUGUGCUACUUACAGAAGAACGAAAUCGAGAAAUCGAACAGGUCAGUCAAGGGAUCAUGGAGGUGAAUUCUAUCUUUAAAGAUUUAGGAGAAUUGGUUCACCAGCAGGGUGAACAAUUAGAUACUGUGGAGGAUAAUAUUUUCCAAAUGAACGGUAAUGUUAAACAAGCCUCUAAUGAGUUACGUAAAGCAGACGACUAUCAGAGAUCGAAAGGGAAAUGGAGUUGUAUACUAUUGGUUGCUUUAUGCAUAGUUGUUUUGAUUGUUGUUCUUGCUGUAAUUAGCUAA